GUAGGAAACACAGGAAAUCAGGGAGGAGCCAGGACCUGGGGCAUUCAGCUGAUCUGAGAGGAUUGCAUUUCUCUAGGAAUGAACUCUGAUACCAGGAACUUGGCUUGACAGGAAAGAGGGAAGAGAGGGAGUAGGCUGGGCACAGAAACUAUCAGCUCCACAUUGAAAUCUCAGCAGCUCAGCCAGAGCACAUCUUGAACUUCACUCUCACCCAGCCUCAAGUCAGCCAGACCACUGCAGUUAACAAGUCUGGAUAAUGGAGCCAAGCAGCACCCUCAGGCUUCCACCCAGUCUUUUCGAGGUGCUGACAAUCAACUACAGUGUUCCAGUAGAAUGCCUUUCUCAUCCUCCUACAGCAGCCCAGCUCCUGACUAAGUUGAACUCUGUGGAGCUGACUAUCUUAGUGAUCCUGACCCUGUUCACUGUGGGCUCUGUCAUCAUCUACGUGGAGGACGCCAUUUACCUGUACAAGAAUACACGGUGCCCCAUCAAAAGGAAGACCCUGAUAUGGAGCAGUUCUGCUCCAACGGUAGUGUCUAUAUUUGGCUGUUGUGGGCUCUGGAUCCCCCGCGCCCUGAUGUUUGUGGAGAUGGCUAUCACCACGUAUUUUGCCAUAUGCUUUUACUUGAUACUGAUGGUCAUGGUGGAAGGCUUUGGUGGGAAGGAAGCAGUGCUGAGGACUCUGAAGGACACCCCAAUGAUAGUCCACACUGGCCCUUGCUGCUGUUGCUGUCUCUGCUGUCCCCGCUUCACCCUUACCAAGAGGAAGCUGCAACUGCUGAUGCUGGCCCCAUUCCAGUAUGCCUUCCUCAAAAUGGUCUUUGUUUUGCUGGGCCUCCUGCUGGUACCUGAUGGCAUCUAUGAUCCGGCACUUAUCUCUGAAGAAAGCACAGCUAUGUGGAUGAAUAUAAGUCUUGCUGUGUUUACCUUACUGGCACUCUGGGCCCUGGGCAUCCUAUUCCGCCAGGCCAGGUUACACCUCGGUGCUCAGAACAUGGGAGGCAAAUUCGCUGCCUUUCAGUUGCUCGUUGUACUAACUGCCCUGCAACCUGCUAUCUUCUCCAUACUGGCCAGCAUUGGACAGAUUGCUUGUUCUCCACCCUUCUCCUCUAAAAUCAGGUCCCAAGUGAUGAACUGCCACUUUCUGGUAGUACAGACCUCUCUGUUAACCGUUAUGACAAGAAUAUUCUAUCGGAAACGAGACGAUAAAAUGGGGUUUGAACCUUUCUCUUUUCUGGAACCAUCCUCUGAACCCGAAGCUUGAACACACCCAGACCAUGGCUCCCCCAAACGAUGGCUGGAGCCACCAAAAAUGCAAAGGUCCAGAUGUGACAAGAAUAAGGACAUUCUUACUGUCAUUAUAUAGGCUGCAAAUAACUACAGAGAUUAAGUUGAAUAUUUUAACAUGAUAAAGUGUUGGGGGGCGGGGCAGGAAGAAAAUAUUUUAUUUUAUAAAAAAAAUUAAAUGAUGGGGUUUUAAACUCUGAAAA